AUGACGAAUACAACAGAUCCCAAUGGUCCAAUGCCCAUGGAGAUUGACCGCAUCAAGGGUGACGGCAAGAAAGGAAAGGGAAAGACCAAAGAUGGUAAAGGCAAAUCGAAGGGCAAAGAAGACCGACAGAAGGGAAAAGGCAAAGGUGGCAAGCCUGGUGGAAAAGAAGGCAAGGGUAAAGGAGGUGGCAAGGAGAACAAAGGUGGCAAAGGCAAAGCUACCAAUGAAGAUGAGGAUGCUAAAGAGGUAAUAGCCUUCUCGAAGUCCUAUGCGGGAAAGUUGGAGGAGGCAAAGGACUUGGUCGAGGUGGUUGAGAAAGAGAAGGAGAGCGAAGAAGGAGAACAUGAUCCAGAUGAUAUGGUGCAAGUCAGAUUAGAAUCUGGACAAGUGGUGACAGUGAGAGCAGGUGACCUUGAACCUCGCGAACCAGAAAGUGAGAAUGAGGAAACGGUGCCUAUGGAGACAGAGCCAGAAAGGGUACCAGAUCGAACAGGGGAAGCGCGUGGCAGCAGAGACCUGGAGUUUGAGGAUUUGACUAUGUCAACACCAACAACAAGGUGGCUCACAGAUGCAGAACUGCAUGAAGUGAGUGAGUAUGACAAGCCAGCCUUCAGGUCUUGCCUGAGAGCCAAGCAGUAUUCCCUACAGUUCGAGAAGCGAUGGUUCGAGCUCAACCAAAGGAACGAACAUGAAUCCAAAAUGGAAAUGUACUCACGAAUGGGAAGGCAUAUGGAGUUCAUGGACAGCGCUGGACAUGUGCAGCUGAACGACCUUUGGAGCGCCAAAUUGCUGGGCCGAGGCGCUGCUGCCACCUGGCAUUGGACAGAAGUGUCUCCGCAUCUGGAUGGCCGGCGUGAUCCGAUGGAUGGUCAACUCUUGCUCUCCAAGUGGCCAGGACGCUCGCGCUUGGCCACUGCUGUGGCCUUAGCACCCAAAAGUAGCAAUGCACGUGCCAUCUACGUCACAGGCGGCCAGGGUGCCUAUUGCUUUGAAGACUUUUGGGCUUCAGAAGACGGUGGACAGACUUGGUAUUGCAUGUGCCGCAAGGUUCCUUGGGGCGGACGACUGGACCCAGGCUUGUGCGUGGUUCCCACCAAAUAUGAGCAGCUGGUGCUGCUUGGAGGCAUUGUGCCCGGCAUCCACCUCCGUGUGGAAUGCGACGUGUGGAUCUCCAGCGAUGCUGGAAGCACGUGGCAACCGCUCCGAGCGCCAGAUUGGGAGCCCCGGUGCUGUCCAUUGCUCUUUUUCAUGCCGCCCCAAGACGGGCAGAGGCAAUUGCUGGUCUUGGGCGGCGCACGCCUCGCGGAGGCCUCGGCGGGAGACCGCGCCCAUGCGAUCGGGCCGCGGUGCUUGGAUGAUGCCUGGAGCCUCCAGGUGGAUUUCGACGAAGGCACUGGAACCUUUGAGCCGCUCCACAGCGACGUCGACCGGGAGGUCGAGGUCUCCAGCGACUCGACGCAUUCCGCGGUGAAGUGA